AUGCUGGACUCGUCUGAUUGGUGUGUAGCAUCCUUCGUCUGCAGUGACAGAUUGCGGAGUGUGGUUAGGGCACGGUUGUCGGUCACAGAUGAAGAACGGAGCUUUCGAUCUGUCGUUGUCUGGGUCAUUGUGCAAGAUGUCAACCUGUUCUUGUGUGUCAAACACGUGCUCGAGACAAGAGCAGUCAAAGAAUUCAUCAGCCACGGUGAUGGGGGGAGGAAGGGGAGGUGCGCCGACAAAAAACAAACAAACACAAAGGCUGGGGGUGUUCGACUGAGUCUCACCAAAGCGAUGGGCAGACUGUGCAUGCUGGUCUGUGCGCAGUUGGUCUGUGCGCAGCAUGCUGAUGCAGCCCUGGGGGCCAGUGAGUCAGUACGGCUGUGUCAGCGGAGCCUGGGCUGUGCUGUGCACUGCCACCCCAUCUAA